CUGUUGAAAAUAAAUAUUAUCUGAUAUUUUGCAUGUACCCCUCAAACGAAAAUAUCUUAAAAUUAAAUAAUGAGAAUAGUAUGGUUAUUAAGAUCAGAUAAAGAAGGUCGACUUAGUUUUUCCAUUAAAUAAAUAUUUCAAGAUAUUGAAAAAUAGAUAUAUGGUUCUAUUUUAAAAAAAUAAUAAUGACUUUGAAAUCUCGUAAAAAAAAAUAAUCAUAAGGAAAAACUAAUUCUACUAUUACGCGUGGUUCUUAAAAUAAUGUAACUUCAUACAACAAUAAAUGGAGAAGAUAUAUAGCUUAUCCCAUUUAACUGGGCCACUCUGUAUUAUAAGGUUUUACUGAUCACAAAUAUGCCUUUAAAAGGUAUAAAUGUAUUAGAAUUAGCUGGGCUAGCACCAGGCCCUUUUUGUGGAAUGAUAUUAGCCCAAUUUGGUGCAUCCGUAAUCAGAGUGGACAAGAUUUAUGGAUCUUAUAAUGCCAUUGAUUGUCUGGGUCAUGGAAAAAGAUCAAUUGCGUUAAAUUUAAAAGUUUAUGAAGGUUCUAAUAUAUUUAGGAAAUUGAUCAAUCAAAGUGAUGUGCUUAUAGACCCUUAUAGACCUGGAGUAAUGGAAAAAAUGAAGCUAGGACCAGAAGAACUUAUGGGAAUAAACAAGAGGUUGAUAUAUGCUAGAUUAACAGGAUUUGGCCAUAAUGGACCUUAUGCUAAUAUGGCUGGACAUGAUAUAAAUUAUUUAGCUCUAUCUGGUUUAUUAUCAUUAUUUGGACGUCACAAUCAGAAACCAACACCACCAGUUAAUUUAGUAGCUGAUUUUGCUGGUGGUGGAUUAAUGUGUGCUUUUGGUAUAAUACUAGCAUUAUUUGAACGUAACAAAAGUGGCAUUGGUCAAGUGAUUGAUGCAUCAAUGGUAGAUGGAUCUGCAUAUCUAGGCAGUUGGUUUUUUAGAUCUCAAAAUGUGCCUGGAUUAUGGGGAAAUCCUCGUGGUAAAAAUAUAUUAGAUUCUGGAACACACUUUUAUGAUACUUAUGAAACAAAAGAUAAACAAUAUAUGUCUGUUGGAGCAAUUGAAUCUAAGUUUUAUGAGAUAUUUUUAGAGAAACUUGGAAUUUCAUCUCAUGAAAUGCCACAAUUUGGAAAUUUUGAAGAAAGCCGUGAAAAAUUAGAAAAGAUAUUCAAACAAAAGACUCAAGCAGAAUGGUGUGCCAUAUUUGAUGGUACAGAUGCUUGUGUAACACCCGUUGUAAAUUUAAAAGAUGUUGCAUCACAUGCACACAAUAAGGAAAGAAAUAUAUUUAAGACUGAAGACAAUGGUUUGGUAACUCCAAAUCCUGCUCCACGUUUAUCUCGUACUCCUGGAAUGUCUAAAAAACAUGAAAGAAAUGCUAAAUUGGGUGAGCACACUACAGAAAUUCUUACUGAACUACAUUUUAAACCAGAAGAAAUUGCUAAUUUAAUAGCAAAUGGAAUUGUUAAUCAAGGAAUGAAACAUUCUAAACUUUAAGCAUGUAAUUUAUUCUCAUUAAAAUGUUUAUAUAUAUUUGUUAACUCAUGUAAUAAUAUAAGAAAGGUUGUUAGUAUCCUAAAAAGUGAAAAGCUAGCAGUUUAUAUUAAAGAUUACUAAUUACUCUAUUUAAUGACAAUCAAAACUAUCAGUAAUCAUAUUUUUAUAUUUUCUUAAUGCAACUUAUUGUCAUCAAGAAAAUAAAGUACCGAUACUAAUGAUAAUUUUGUGGAUGUGCAACAUGGCUUUGGUAUCUUUUAUUGUUUCUGUCAGAAUUUACAGGAAAUAAUAUCAAAACAAAUAUUAUUCCUAUGACGUAUAUUUUGUGCAUGUUUCAUUUCUUAUGCAUGGACAUGGCUGUCCCUGUUAACUCUUGAAGGUCGACACGAACAACGUGCUCUAAAUAAUUGUAUGUUCUUCAGGCACAGUGUAUGUAUAUUUGUGGGGAAGAAACGAAAAAUUGCAUUUUCAUUGUUUAACGAUAAACAAUUAAAUUUUAAGAUACUUAAAUAAGCUUAUACACUAUAAGAGUAUAUAUGCGCACGUGAUUAUGCUCCUAUUUGAGUGUUAAAUGUUUACAGUUGAAAGUUUACAGUAUAUCUUGCUUGUUGUUUGAGAACGUUUGACUUCUACAAAAAUUGGAAAAUACCUGUAUAAGUCGAUGGAUGAAGAAUGUUUGUGUUCUUUUCGGAAUGUCCGAGGUUUGUCUCAUAUAUUGAUUGAUUGUUAUCAAAACUUAAUUUUCUAAUCAACGGUACCCUGGGUGUCAGGACUACCCUUCCAUGCGCCUUCUUCUGGUAAGGGCAUAACCUGAACUGACACGAGGUGUUCGUUUUUUCGGAAAGAUCGUGAUAUUCCUCCUGGUCAGAAACUUCGGCAAUUUUUACUGUUAUAAUGUAUUUCCAAAUUACCCUUUAGAAAUAUUGAAUUUAUAACACAUCUCUGGUUAUUAAAUGUGCAUUAAAUUAAAAUUCUAAGUAAUUCUAAAAA